CUCCAGGCCAACACAGAUAUGCAGCUGGUGGACCUAGGCUGUAACUUAGGCGUGUUCACAUUAUACGCCGCUGGAAUGGGACGCCACGUCAUCGCUGUCGAUGUCUUGCCCAGCAACCUCCGACUCCUGCAGACGUCACUCACCCUCAAUGACCUCGAGAAUCAGAGCUAUGUCAUCAGACGCAACACGUCAGAUGUAUACCCUAAGCGAAACGUUACACAAUCUCAUCCAACGACGAGACCUACAGCAAGAAAAACCGAGAAAGGCAGUGAUGUCGACACGUUUUUCAGACCUCACCCUAAAAUCCAAAAUGACAUUCCUAAGAAAGAUUUUGGUGUGGAUAAUGUAUUCAUAAAGGAUUUCAAUGAUGCGUUUUCCAACAAGGAAAGUCUCAGAGAGACACGCCAAAUAAAGAAUCGGAAAACAAGAGUUCGAAAAUCUCGAGCUCUUCUCCAACUAAAGACUGAUCACGUGACAAAAAGGGAAGCUAUUUCACACAAGAUACCACUUCCGGUUAAGAGUGGGUCAGAAAUUGCGGACGAUAAAUUUCGCACCGGAAUAUCUGCAAAUAGCAACAAAACGGUAAUCCCAGAUUCGCAUAAACGUAUGGAAACUCCAGCGUCUUCUUGGUCCAACCCUAGAAACAUGUCUAGCGACGCCCCUCCGACCGAAACACUCCGGAUAUCCCAGCUGGUUACGAUCGUCCAGAACGCGGUCUACAGGGACAGAACCACGCGGCUGGGUGUUCACCUCCAGAAAGACGGUAACGUCGGGGGCUCGGAUGUUCUCAGAGAGGACUCGCCGCUGUUGGACGAGCAGCGGAAGUCACAGAGCCUCGUCCUGGUGGACACCAUCUGCCUGGACGAUUUGUUGCCCUUGGUGAAGGCCCCCAGCGUGUACCUCAAGAUGGACAUCGAGGGGUCGGAGCCCCAGGCUUUGGAAUGCGCUCAGAAGUUUUUCGAGAAGGUCCGCGUCCGGUACGUCCUGAUGGAGUGGUUGUUUCAGCUCAGGGCCGUCGGCUCAUUGCGCCCAGCAGCACCUGCCAUGAUACGAUUCUUAACGGCCAAGGGUCUUAUUCCCACCAGGGGCACAGGGGUGGACGUGAGGGGUGGGGCCGGCGAUAACAGAGGGGUGUCCGUUCUAGAUGUAAACACCUGGGAUAAGUGGCCAGAAGUGGUGUUGUGGAUGGAGAGGUAG